AUGGAAGCUCAGAAAGCUUCGUCUAAAGGUACUACUGAUGUUGAAAAUAGAGCUUUUAUAAAUGGACUCAUUAACUUUACGUCCGGUUCCCUUGGUGGAAUCGCUUCAGUAUUGGUUGGACAACCUUUAGAUACUGUCAAAGUUAAGCUGCAAGCUUUUCCUCAGUUGUAUAAAAAUAUGACAGAUUGUUUUCAACAAACAAUAUCUAAAGAAGGACUUUUCAAUGGUCUUUAUGCUGGGACUCUUCCAGCGAUAGCGGCAAAUGUUGCUGAAAAUUCAGUUUUAUUCGCUGCUUAUGGAGGAUGCCAACAAUUUAUAAAGUUUGUCACUAAUAAAAAAGCCAAAGAAGAGCUCUCUGUAAUCGGUAAUGCUUCUGCCGGGUUUUUAGCAGCUUUUUUUUCAUCUUUUGCUCUAUGUCCGACAGAGUUAAUUAAGUGUAAGUUGCAAGCAGCUAGAGAAGUACAACAAAGUAGUGGUGGUAAUAUGAAAAAAAUAACCCCUUAUUCAUUGACUAAAGAAAUUCUUAGAAAUGAAGGAAUUAAAGGAUUAUUUAGGGGCCUGAAUUCGACAUUUGCCAGAGAGAUGCCGGGUUAUUUUGUUUUUUUCGGUGGUUAUGAAUUAACUAAAGUUUUAAUAGUGCCAGAAGGAGUACCUAAAGAAAAAAUUGGACCAUCUGGUAUUAUGAUGGCUGGUGCAGUCGGAGGAAUCUCGUUUUGGAUAGUUGUAUUUCCAGCUGAUGUAGUUAAAUCUAGGCUUCAAGUUUCUAAUGUAAAAGGAAAUUUAAUUCCGUUGAUGUGUAAAAUAGCUAAGGAAGAAGGUAUAACAGCUUUAUAUAGUGGUUUAGGACCUACGCUCUUAAGAACCAUACCAGCGACAGCUACGUUAUUUUUAGUUUAUGAAAGUUCAAAAAUUAUAUUUUUGAGACUCCUGGGUUAA